CUUGUCAUCAAGCAUCGCAAAGUCUGAAAAAUGCAGCAUGUCCUCGAGCCACGCCAGAGUAGUGCAUGGCUCGAAUCACCAUACCUACGCUCCUUAGUUGCAGGCGGCCUCGCCGGCACCACAGUCGACCUCUCGCUCUACCCUCUCGACACGCUAAAAACUCGCCUCCAAUCCAGUGCCGGCUUCACCUCCUCCGGCGGCUUCACCGGAAUCUACCGAGGCGUAGGCUCCGCGCUCAUCGGGUCCGCCCCAGGCGCCGCGCUCUUCUUCAUAACCUACGACUCUAUCAAACGCACACUACUCACUCCCUCCCGCGGCUCCAUCGCACGGAAUGCAGAAGGUAAGGCGUAUAUUGAGGGCCCCCGGGGCCAGAGACACGAAGCCUUCGUCCACAUGCUCGCCGCGAGUGUAGGCGAAGUCGCUGCAUGUGCAGUGCGCGUACCAACUGAGGUGGUGAAACAACGAGCACAAGCCUCACAACACCCCUCCUCUCUCUCCUCUCUCCUCCACAUCCUCGAUCAGCGCAGAACGCGGGGUUAUGUGCAUGUGUGGCGGGAAUUAUAUCGUGGUUGGUCCAUAACGAUUAUGCGCGAGGUGCCGUUUACAGUGAUCCAAUUCCCACUCUGGGAAGCACUGAAGCGGUGGCGGAUUAACGGUAGUGGGAGGGAACAGGUGUCGGGGUUUGAGGGCGGGAUUCUGGGCUCGGUGGCGGGGGCUGUAGCGGCGGGGAUAACGACGCCGUUAGAUGUGCUGAAGACGAGGAUGAUGUUGGCGAAGGAGCGGCAGUCUGCGUUUAGCAUGCUGAGUUCGAUACUGCGAUUCUCUGGCCCACGGGCUUUCUUUGCGGGGAUAGGGCCGCGGGUUGGUUGGAUAAGUGUCGGGGGAGCGAUAUUUUUGGGUUCGUAUCAGUGGGCGAGUAAUUUGCUGGGCGGGAUCGAGGAAUUAUGAUAUCAACACUGACACAACCACUACGAUACGAACGCGGACCGGAAUGGAAGAUGUGUAAGAGUAAGAGUGUAAGAUCAAGAACGCCAUAGACUUCCAGACACGAUUUAUCAGUAAUCCAAACCAAAUGCACCCACCCAAACUGAAGUCAAAUC